CUACUUAUGACUCGAUCGUAUCUAAACAGGUUCGUUCCUCUUUAGUCCAAUCUUCUCGUCAUUCUCAGUCAGUUACUCGAGUGGAGUGGAACACAAGUCCCAUAAACCGGCGUGUCGUUAUUAACGUUGAAUCAAGCACAAAAAUCUAUCGAAAUGGCAAAAUUCUUGGUUCUGGCACUUGUGGUAUUGGCAUCGGUUGCCGCAAUCAACGCUGCAUCUUUCGGCCAGUGUCCUGUGGCUUCUAAGGUGCAAACAUGUACUCCGAAAUGUUUGAGCGAUGUCGAUUGCAGUACUAGUGGUGGAAAAUGUUGCCCGAACACAUGCAACUAUAAAUCAUGUGUGAGUCCCAAUCAACUUUCGCAGAGUGCAUCAACUGGUAACAAAUAUCAAUCUGGAGGGGCUGGAACCUACUGUGGAAAUGUGAAGUGCAGUGCUCACGAGAAGUGCGACUUGGACAAAUCUACUAAACGGCAAAAGUGUGUACGAGCUUGAAUUUUAUUUGAUUUAAAACCAUUUGUACAAAACGACAAAAAAUAAAUAGACUUGAAAUUAGCAUUUA